ACAACAACAUCUUUACUCACAAGAACAACAUUAGUACCAUCUGCAGUAACCUCAAUACCAACAACAUCAUCAAUACCGUCAGCUUCCUCAUCAGUAUCUUCGGCAUCUACAUCACUACCAACAUCAUUACCACCAACAACAAUUACGUCAAUUUCAACAUCAAUACCUACAGAAACAACAUCUGUACCAACAUCAACAACAGCCAUACUAAGAACAGCAACAUCUUCACUACCUUCUUCAAAAGUUUGUAUCACAUCUAUACCUGCAAGAAAAACGCCAACAUCUCCAAUUUCAACAUCUCUGAUACCAAGAACAUCAAGCAUAGUGACGCCACAUACAUCUUUUCCAACCACUGCAUCUAUAGCAACCCCAACAACUUCAUUACCCACAUUAUCAACAGGGAGUGAAAAGGCAACUACAGUUCCAACCGUUAGCAUACCUACACCUACAAAAUCAACAUCUCUCCCAACAGGAACUACAACAUCGCUACGAACCUCAAAUGCAUCGAUGCUUUCAACACCCCUAACAACUUUUACGGCACGAACAGCGAGAUCAGCAAUUCCAAUAAUGUCCACAUUAACAUCUAUAACCAGUUCAAUACCAGCAUCCACCUCAGUAACCGCAGGAACAAAACCUUCAAUUCCUACAACAACAAUACCGUCCAUAACAACUGCAGCUUCAUCUUCAGUGCCAACAACAACAACAAUGGUAACACCAAAAUCAAAAUUAUACAGAACAACAAGUAAGCCCACAACAGCAACAGAAAUAACUACACCAACAUCUUCAAUAUUAACAAAAACAGUUCCAUCAUUAACAUCAACAACAACGCCAUUAUCAAUUCCAAGAACUGCUCCUUCUAUACCAACCACUCAUUUACCAACUACAGCAGCAUCAUCUACAGCAACCUCAUAUCCUGGUUCUACACAACAAGCAUCAUCUACAGCACCUCCAUAUUCUGCAUCUAUACCGACAGCAUCAUCUACUGCAGUCCCAUAUUCCUCAUCUAUUCAGCCAG